GAAAAACCUUCACAGGAAAUACAGCCGCCGGGCGCCGCCCCUGGCAACUCGAAGAUGAACGAUUUGUCUAAUUACAUAGUCGUGGAAGCGGUUCACAUAAACAUGCUGAAUUCGGCGGCCGGUAACAUUCAACCUCCGCCGCCGCACCACGACGGUCAACGUCGUUUCCCUCUCUUGUUGACUGUUCUAUCCGUCAACCCCUCGCUUUGUCCUAAAUUGUCUUUUCGCAACAUUUUACGGUACAAAACAGAGCACAAGUUCUCACUGGAUCGGAGCGACUGCGAAAUAGCUACCAUAAACAGGUUGGUCGAUCUCAUGAACGUACCUUAUAAUCUGAAUGGAAUACCUCUCUUUUGGAAGCCGGUCGUCGGAAACAAUCUCGGGUCCGAGUGGCCCGUCGUUGACUGGGACGAAAUGGUCGUUCUUAUCCGCGAGUUUCUUGAGAAUGCGGCGGACAGUGAGGAUUUCGGCGGCGGACAUCACACAUCCCUACAGAUUUCGAGGUGCGAGAAACUGUCGGAGGAUGAGAUGAAGGCGAUGGCUGAACGGAGGAGACGGGAAGCGGCUACCGGGGAGUGGACCGAGCGGGUUUGGCGGCAACCGCAGAGGAUGAUGGAGUUUCGGAUGUCGGUACUUCUGGGGAAGGUUAUCGAGAGGGUGACGGUGGCGGGCGGUGGAGAUGACGGUGGGGCAGAGAAUUGCGGUAUCUGUUUGAUGGAUUUGGGCGUUGGGUCGGUGGUUGCCCGGUUGCCCUGCUCCCAUUGCUCCCAUGAGUGCUGUAUUCUCAGGUGGUUGCUGCAAAAUAAGUCAUGCCCGUUUUGUCGAUUCCAAAUUCAAAUCCCCGCCAUUGAUCCCGGCGAGCGUUGCCCACUCCAUCGAGGCUAGACCUGUCCGCAGAUUGAGGUUAAACCGGAAUUGGAACCGGAACCGCCUUUUUUUUAACCGGGACCGAAACCGUAUGGUAAAUCCGGUUCGGAAUAGGAGGUUACCUAUUCGCGUUUGGUUUUAACAAAAUCGAACGGAAGUGUUGAUUUUAGAAUCAGCACUAUGCGGUUCCGAUUCCGAAUCUCUAGAAUUUGGAACCGCGAACAAGCGGUUUGGUUCAACUUCCGGUUUGGUUCCAAACCAGGGACGCCUCUAAUACCAGCUGGAGAUUGCAUAUUUAACACAAUGGUGUCGUUUGAUUUUCGGCGGACUGCACCAUACCCGCUGCAUUUUGUAGCGCUUUAACCCAUAAAAUAAUCAGCAGUUUCAUCGACCCACUACUAUCCAAACGAGGCCGCUAAUAUCAAUACAAAUAUUAUGCAUGUUUUGGUACUCAAUUGUUGGGAAAGAAACAAAAUGUUCCUUAUUAAUUUUUUUAAAAGUAACGAUAGUUAUGAAUCUUAAUUUGUUUUUGCCUCUUUUGUGUAUACCAUGAAGUGCAUAGUAUAUGCCAUUAAUGUUUUUAAAACGG